CUUAUUCGCCUGCUGAUCGACGGAUUGUUGUUAGGGGGAUUACUGGCGUGGAUUCUGAACUUUUGGAAAUUAUGGUUUCCGACUACACAAAGUGGCUUUUACUGCGACGAUCGAACGCUGAUGUUUCCUUUAAAGGAGAGCACUGUAAGUUCUAGCCUGGUUUUCGUUGUGGCUCUUUACGUGCCGCUUGUGGUGAUCAUUUUGUUGGAGUUGUGCAAAUGCUGGCACCGAUACAACUAUAAAGAUGUUGGAAUACUGCAUCUCUGGCCACUUUACAACACUUUGAGAUAUUUUCUCUUUGGCUACGAGGCGCAGUCGUUGCUGGCCAGAAUGACCAAACACACCGUGGGCCGCCUACGACCGUAUUUCUUUGCGGUUUGUCAACCGCUUCUCACCCAUGGGAGUACCUGCUUGAAUUCAACAAAUGGGUUCUAUCACACAAACUACGCCUGCCGAUCUGAUAUGCCCUAUAAUGUGCGUUAUUCCUUCCCCAGUGGCCACUCGGCUCGAAUAUUCUACGGGUUGAUUUUUAUGGCUCUCUACUUGCAAGUGCAUCGAGGACGUCGCUGGAGAUCGGUUGGUGUGGGCAGCACAUUGUUAUGGCCUCUUUGCCAACUGGCUUGUGUGAUGUUCGCCACUUUUGUGGCCCUAGUCCGGGUGGUGGACCACAAGCAUCACUGGUCGGAUGUCCUGGCGGGUGCUUUGCUGGGUGCCAGCAUUGCCUUUGUCACAGUACGAGGGGCUAUGGCUGAGGCGUUGGCGGAGAGGCAGCGGCUGCGACAUGUCAGCAGCGUACAGGCGCCCCCACUGCACCGGGUAUGAGAUCAAAAAACCCAAUUUUGCCGAUGGAAAUAAACCUGCUUAAUACAAGUUUUAA